GAUUUUAUCGACCACCCGAAUUUAGCCGACCAUAUAGUUCGUCGCUACUGAAAAGUCAAUAUGACAAUAAUGUAUCUUAAUGCACUAUAUGAAAGAUAUUAAAUUUAAAGAUAAGCUUGACUAUAUUCUCAAUUACACACAGAAUUUAAUAUAAUACUGAAGCUCAAUGUAACUACCUUGGAACUUAAUAAAACGGAUGUUUUAAAGCUUAAGCUAUGUUGACUGUAACUUGACUAGUUUUUCGUGGAUAUGGCCGUUUUCAUGGUAAACAUCUGUAAAUUUAAUGGAUGUGGACUAACUUUUCCCAGUUUAGCAGACCUCAUACAGCAUAUUGAGGAUAUUCAUAUAGAUUAUGACCCACGGGUCAUUGAACAGAAAGAACUUCAACAGCCCGCUUGUCUUCCACUUAGUUAUGUAUUGAGAUUCUUCAGUGAUGCUACUAGGAAAGAGGGGCUUGAUGCGAAGCGAAAACUUGCCCAAAAUCAAGGAACCAAACCCACUUAUGCUACCACUACACGGAGUAACACACCCACUGGUAGUGAAGCAGAUGAAGAUGAGCUGAUGAGCGAGUCUGAAGACAGCAAUGAUUCUUGGACAACAUCAGAAGAAUUCAGCGCAGAAUUCAUAUUAAGAUAUGGGGGCAGUGUCCCAGUAAAGAAAAUGCCUGUUUAUAAUUCUAAGAAAUCCCAACACCUUUGGAUGUUGAAUCCAUCGAAUAAUAACAAUGUGGAUAAACCAUUUGCUUGCCCAGUUCCUGGUUGCAAAAAACGUUACAAGAAUCCUAAUGGAAUCAAAUAUCAUUCUAAGAAUGGUCAUAAGAAAGAUGGAAAGAUUCGCAAAGGCUUUAAAUGUCACUGUGGGAAGAGCUACAAAACAUGUCAAGGCUUGAGGAACCACACUGCCACUCAUCACAGUGGAGCCAGUCUUACAACUCUUACCACACAGAAUGGAGAAGUACUUCAGAUCCCUACUAGUCAUGUAGCAGCAUUGCAGCCUAUCCGUGCAAUUGCUCUCAAGCAGAUAUCUACUGCAAAUCUUGGUGGUGCCAUUGGUCUGCCUGUUAAAACUAUUCAAGGCCUUGUUGUGGCCACAAAACCCAGCGAGAGUGGAAAUGUCAUGAAAGGCGAAACAGGCAUUGAAGGAAAUUUUGAUACAAUCACUUUUGCUAAAGGUUCUACCAUCCAGGUGGCAGUCCCAACCUUAGUUCCACCGCCAGCUGUAGCUGGACUUGUUGUGAACAGUGCUUCUGCAACAAUUACUGAAGCUGCUGCAACAGAGCAACAGACCUUAACUACUGCUCUAGGUGUUUUGACUCCUGCUACCUCACCACAGACCCCGCCGUCAGACUCUACUAAGUCCACUGCGGCAUCACUUACCCAAACCACUCCUGUCAAUGUUAAUGUAUCUUCUUCUAAUCUUCCAGGAAUGCCAGCCACUCCUACCUCUUCUGUUGGCAUGCAAUUAGAAUUCUGUCCUGGCACAAUGGUCUCAUCUUCAUCACCAGCAGUUGGUACUCAGACCUUACUUACACCAAAUUCUUUGAUCUCAAACGCUGAAGCGACUGUUGCCACUCAAGCAACUUCUCUGUAACAGUUCACAAAGUUACAAAUAUAAGCUUCUUUAUUCUGCCCAGCUUCUUUCCAUGUAGCUCAAGGAAAAGCCUGCAGUUGGUGUUGUCAUUGCAGUUAAAUAACCAGACUGAUUCAGUAGGAAAUAUAUCAUUAUCCUUUAGUGAAUUUUGCCACCUUCAAAGUACUUGCAUUUUGACUUGAUACAUGUGAUAAAAUAUCUGUCAUGUCUGGAAACACUACUAGUCCUUUUAAUACUUUUGUCUCAUUGCUCUGAAUGUUUUAAAGCGUUCAGGAAGAUUUAUUUCAUUUCACAAACAUGAAAAGGUCAUAUGGGAUCAAGCCAGGCAAGUGCUACGCCAGUGUCUGUUUUCUGUCUGUAAACUGCUUUCCUGAAAGUGCUGUGUGGGAAAGUGCAAGCUUAUGAUGCAGAAUCCACUUAUCCAAAGACUUGAUAUUUUUUUAAAAAUGCAUUGCCAUAAAUAUUCUCAAACUUGAAGGUAGAGUGCUUAAUGGACUCCCUUUGAGGAACAAAUUAAAUUCAUAAGGGAUAAUUCCUUCCAUAUCAACAAAAGCAGAUGAAUGCGGUUUUGACUUUUGAUUUUGGCAUCCAGACUUUUUUGUGUUGUAGAAUCUGGAUUUUUCCAUUUUAGAAAAGUUCUGUCAUAUUUUUGCAGUAUACCAACAAAACGUUUGUUGCAACAGCAAACAAACUAAUCCCAACAAUUGUUCAGCACAAGAUUGUCUAGUGACACAGUGAAACACAGCUCACUGAUGUUGCAUAAAAACAUCAAACCAGUGGUUAGUUGCCACAUCUUGUAUGAUGAUUAACUGAACAGAAGGUAAAUUGAAACUCUUGUGGAAAGGAACUUAAAAGAUAUUGUAGUACAUAGUACAUAAUAGCAAGAGUUAAGCACCAUAGUUAAUUAUUACUAACUAUAAACACCUAUUCUAUUUUAAAGUCAAAAUUCCUUGGUUUAAAAUCCUCAGGGCUUGAUGUCAGAUAAAAUAUUAUCUGAAGAAUGGAUCAUACAGAAUUGGAACCCAAAAUACUGACAUCAAGCUUUGAAUUCCUGGAAGCAUAUAUUAUGAUAAGAAUUAGAUAAAACACGGUAGUUAACAGAAAAGUCCUUGUAUCCUUGAGAAAUAAUCACAGUCCAGGAACACAUUACAGUUUAUUUGCAAAUUGACAUAUGCUGAAACAGUUAUAUUAUAGCUUGGGGGUUAAAUGCUACUAGAGUAACAGAUUAUAAAUAUUAUUGCAAGAAGUACUCAGUAGCCCUUUGUUGAGGUCUGCAGCCUGAAUAAAAUUCUAUCUCUAUUUCUCAAAAAGUGAGUUCUCUACAUCUCUGUUCUAAUAUAUGCCAAAAUUCUCAUUUCUCCUGUCAUUACCACUUUGCUCAUCUUAUGUUUGUUUUCAAAUUAAAAAUACAAAUCUGUACUUUAUUUAUUAUCCUAUGGUGCUGACUCAUGUCAUGUUUAUAUUAUGAUCAUAUUUAAAGCUCCCUGAAUUGUAACUGCGAAAGCAAGAUAUAAUGUUUAUGAGUGAAUCUGCACAAUUCAUUUUGUACAUAAGCGCCAAAUGUGUUUCCCAAGCAAUGUCUUUCUACAGUUAUCAGCACAAUUCAUAAUGGAGAAUGCCACCUUCCGGGAUACGACAUUCUUCAUAGUCACCACUGUGAAAACCUGAAAUCCUGCAGUUCAUAUUUGAGUUUGUGUGAUAAGUUUCUUAACCGUUCAGCAUGGUUUGACGUGUAUGUUUCGUCAAGGUAUUUAAAUCGUCUGCGGGGGUUCGACGUCAAUGUUUCGUCCAGCUG